AUGAGUGGCAGUAUAUUUAGUUCUGGAGAUCCAUGGGAAAAUGGCUGGGCAUCUAAUGAUAAUGAUAAUAUAAGGUCAUCUACCAUUCCUGGUUUGGAUUCAGGCAGUACAUAUUUAACAUCAUCACAAUUACUCAAUCAUGAUGAUACAGGAGAUGCAAAUAAAUUAGGUGAAAUUCCAGUAUCGUAUAAGAAGGUUUAUUCUGCAUUGUCAGAAGAGAUAUCUACAGUCACUGAUUUGGAAAGAUUGGUAUUUAAUAAGUUGGUGGACGCUGGCUAUUUUACAAGUUAUCAAAGUUCGAAGAUCUUAGAUACAUUGUAUGAUCAUUCCAUAUUACCACCAUCUGACAUUGCCAAUUUUGAACGAACUUUGGGUCUCAUUGCAUUGGAAUUGGAUGCAGCAGGAACGGGCGAAUAUGUGACGUUACAAAUGAGACUCAAUGAUUUGCCUGAUUUACCUGACAAAGUAGUUCAUUUGCUUAUAAAUGAAGAUGACAAGUCGAAGACUAAGGAUAUUGUGGAUCCAUUGAAUGCUCAAUUGGCAAGCACGGGAUUGUCUGAAAAUGAUAGGAAUGAAUGGCAUGCGGAUACGUCAGAACAUAAGACAGGUGGUCAAGCAAGUAUUUUGUCAGACCCUAUACUUACUGACCAUACUUCUGUACAGAAAAGUCAUCUUGAUGGAGGUGGAGAACAACAGCCUGCAGAUCAUUCGCAUAUUGCCAAAUACAUCAAUAAUAUAAGAGAUACCUUUACUCCAUUAGUUGAUUCGAAAGAAACCAUCAAGAUAAAAGAAGUACCUGAAAAGGAAGGAUUGGUUUUCAAACACACAAAUUAUAUCAUUUCCCAUGACUUAAGCUUGGGCAUGCAUGGACCAGCAGGAACAAAGAAAGUCAUCAGAAGAUAUUCUGACUUUGUAUGGUAUGUAACACAAUUUCAACUAUUAUCUGACACACUAUACUAA